AUGGGGGCUGGCGGGAAGGGGUGGACGGAGACGGCGACCCGGGUGGUGAAGACGGCCUGGUUCAUGGUGGUGAUGGUGGCGUCGCUGCUCGCCGCGUCGGCGCCCGUCGUGGUGGCCGCCGGCGACGUGGCCGUGGCGCUCUGGCUCGAGGCGAGCCUCGGCUGCCUGCGCUGCGGCGGGCUGCGGGACCACUUCCGGCACUACGCCUUCCGGAGCUCGCUCUUGGACAUACCGCUCGUCUCCGUCCUCCGAUCUCUCGUCAUCGCCUGUGUAUACCUUUUGUGCGAUACCUCUGGUCUUUCUCACGGCCCGUACCUUGGAACCACAACCUUCUGCUCCUUGGCUUCGCUGCUGAUCUUGCUGAUGAAGGCGUGCGUCUACAGUCCGGUGCAGGACAUUGGGCCUGAGCUCUCACCGUCAUUGGCGGAUCACAAGCUGAAUUUGAAGAAGCUGUGGGGAAUGCCUGUGCUGUUCUUGUCCUCCUUGGUCUUUGCUCUCGGCCAUGUUGUUGUUGCUUACAGAACAAGCUGCAGGGCUCGACGGAAGCUGCUUAUCCAUCGCAUUGACCCUGAAUCGAUUCUGGCAUACAAGAAUGCCUUCCCUGGAUGCUACAAGGUUCCUCGAUCACCCAAUCCACACAGUGGGAAACUUUAUUCAAGGAGUGAAAGUGAGACGAAGAGGAAAACUCUUGUCCAUGAUGACAGGGAUAUUCCAAUCAGUUUUCUUGCUGAUAGUGAUAGCAAGUUCAUUGCUUGCCAGGGGAUCACUGUACAUUACAAAGUGUCACGCCCAUCAACCUGUGUAUCUCCAGCUCCUGAAUCAUAUCCAGAAAUUAACCAUGAUGUACUUUCAUCAAGCAUUUCUCCUAGAAGACAGAGGCACGAAAGCCCGCCCUCAGCUACCUCUAGUACCCGGCGUCUUUUGAAUAGGAGCUAUAGUCAUCAGUAUCACCAAACCUCGCUCUAUGCCCCACUGUUGGUCGAACCAUUGACUUCUCCAACUUUGUUGGAUGGCAUGCCACUUCUGAACCUUGAUGAUGAGAGCUUACAGGUGUCUUUGAAACCUAUGGGCUUGGAUCUAGAGGCCGGAGAGCACGGGAAAUUUGCUGUUGUUCUGGUACAUGGAUUUGGAGGGGGAGUAUUUUCCUGGAGACAUGUUACUAAUUUGCUUGCUCGGCAAGUGGGUUGUACUGUGCUGGCCUUUGAUCGCCCUGGAUGGGGUUUAACAUCUCGACCUCGCAGAAAGGACUGGGAAGACAAGAAUUUGCCAAAUCCAUACGAGCUUGAGUCACAGGUUGAUCUUCUCAUUUCAUUUUGCUCAGACAUGGGCUUGCGCUCUGUGGUUUUAGUUGGCCAUGAUGAUGGUGGCUUGCUUGCACUAAGAACUGCAGAGAAGUUACAAGCGUCUAGAGAUCCUAGAGAGGUUGAAGUGAAGGGAGUUGUUCUUAUCGGUGUAAGCUUAUCAAGAGAAGUCAUUCCUGCAUUUGCUCGUAUACUCCUGCAUACCCCUCUGAGGAAAAAGCACAUGGUCCGCCCACUUCUACGUACUGAAAUCACUCAGGUGAUCAAUCGGCGAGCAUGGUUUGAUGCAACCAAGUUGACAACAGAUGUUCUGAACCUAUACAAGGCUCCACUAUUUGUUGAGGGCUGGGAUGAAGCACUACAUGAAGUAGGCCGCCUUUCAUUUUCUACUGUCCUAUCACCAAAAAGAGCAGCAGAGUUACUAAGAUCAGUGGAAGACCUCCCUGUUCUGGUGGUAGCAGGUUCCGAGGAUGUUCUUGUAUCUCUGAAGUCAGCGCAAAUCAUGGCUUCAAAACUUGUAAAUUCUAGGCUAGUAACAAUAUCAGGAUGUGGACACUUGCCACACGAAGAGUGUGCCAAGGCAUUGCUCUCGGCUCUUUCUCCGUUCAUCUCAAGAUUGGCAUCGUCAGACGAUUCAUUGCAAAGAUUGUAGUAGCAUACACCUGUCCCUCUUCCUUUCUGCUAUUUUUUUUUUGCCCUGUUACGCCCUCUCUCUAUAUUGAGUAGAUCACCUGUAGUUGGUGUGAGUUUGUGUGAGCAAUCGUUAGUUGCAAAGUAGUGGAGCCUGACCCAAAAUCUCGGGGGUCCUAGAGCUCCCCAAUUUUUUUGUUUGUCACAUGUAAUGGUGUCCCCGAAUUAUUUCAAUCAAGCAAGUUGAAUCUGUACAGCACAUGCUUGCUGUGUUCUGGUCCA